CAGCGGCAGCGGCAGGCGCUGCCCGUGUACCGGCUGCAGGCGCGGCUGACGAGCGAGAUCAGCUCGCGGCCCACGCUCGUGCUGAUCGGCGAGACCGGCAGCGGCAAGACCACCCAGGUGCCGCAGUUCUGCCACCAGGCCGGGCUCACCAAGACCGCCAUGGUCGCCGUGACCCAGCCGCGGCGGGUAGCUGCUAUGAGCCUCGCCCAGCGCGUGGCCGAUGAGAUGGCCUGCACGGUCGGCCAGAAGGUCGGCUACGCGGUCCGCUUCGAGGACUGCACGUCCACGCAGACGAAGAUCAAGUACAUGACGGACGGCAUGCUGCUGCGGGAGGCCAUGUCGGACCACCUGCUGCGCCGCUACUCGUGCGUCAUACUGGACGAAGCGCACGAGCGCACCGUGCACACGGACGUGCUGUUCGGCAUCGUGAAGAAGGUGCAGAAGAUCCGCCGCGUCAAACAGCUGCCCGAGCUCAAGAUUAUCGUCAUGUCGGCUACGAUGGACGUGGACCACUUCAGCCGCUACUUCAACAGCGCACCCGUCAUCUACCUACAGGGGCGCCAGUUCCCCGUGCAGGUGUACUACGCCAAGCAGAAGCAGGAGGACCCGGUGUUCGCGUCGCUGGUGUCGGUGGUGCAGCUGCACCAGACGGCGCCGCCCAACCAGGACGUGCUGGUCUUCCUCACCGGUCAGCAGGAGAUCCAGGCCAUGGUCAAGAACCUGCGCGACGUCAACAAGGACCUGACUGGCUGCUGUCGGCUGCGCGUGCUGCCGCUGUACGCGAACCUGCCGGUCAAGCAGAUGGAGGUGUUCCAGCCGACGCCGCCCGGCCAGCGGAAGGUGAUUGUCAGCACCAACGUGGCCGAGACCUCCGUCACCCUGCCCAACAUCAAGUUCGUCGUCGACAGCGGCCUGGUGAAGGCCAGGUGA